AGGAGAGCAGAGCUUUGCCGGUCUCUAAGGAAUUGAAUAACAAAUGACGGAGAUGGGAGAAACAGAGGGUGUCAUCAUUUGAAACCAACAUUCAUAAUUCAGCAUGCAGCUACUCGGGGCCACAACCAGACGGAACACAAGCCUCCAGAAAGUAAUAACCACGUCGACAGAGACAAGCGGAAAGAGAAUACCGACUUGCGAAAAGAUUCCAAGAUGAAGAUUCACAUUAACCGGGCUCUCCUGCCUGUCAAGGCGGUCUAUUUCACACAUUUGGCCGGUUUGGCGAGCUUGGUUCCAUACCUGCCUCUGUACAUGAGUCAACUAGGGCUGACAGCUACCCAAGUGGGUCUCAUCAGGGGCCUUGAACCUCUCUUAGCCCUCAUCUUCACCCACCUCUGGGGCAGCAUUGCUGACAGCUUCAACACACACAGAGCCGUGCUCCUUACAGCCAUAGGGGGUGCCACAGUGUUCUUGUUUGGGACCUUUUUUGUUCCCUCUUUGAGAAUGGAUGCAUAUCAUAACACCACCCAAUUACCCAUCGAUCAAGCUGUGCCAAAUUUCAGGACUACAGACCUUUUGCAUCUGAUGGAUGUGACAGAAUUUCCACCCUACUUGAAUGCAAUUUCACCGGCAGUGCAAUUAGAGGAUGACAGUGAUGCAAAGUUGGGUAUCUGUUACAGUGUUUGCGGAGCACUCAAUAACAGUUUAUCGUGUGAGGAAGAAAGGAGCGCGAUGGAAGGCAACUCUACGUCAGCAACAGGAGAGGAGUCUUGUGUACAAACUCUGUGUUUUCUUCAACAAGAUAGAGCAUAUGUCAACAGAACUAGCGGGUGUAAUGAGAGUAUAGGUGAUGCGUAUGGCUGUGAUCCUCCAAAAGGGGCUUCAUCAUGUUAUGAAUGUGAACCAGUUAUAUACAGAAAGCAGACGGAUGGUGAGUGGUCCUCUGAAGGUGAUGUGUGGUGUUCAAGAAAUAACAGAACACCCUUGAUAUAUUCAACAUCCUUGAACAUCUCCUUUAUGUCACCCCUGAACCUUACUGACUCAACACAAGAUUCUUUUUCAUGCCACUGUCAUGAGAUAAAGCCACUAGUGAGCAAAAUGGAUCACACUGAUUCAGCGUUUCUGUCCACAUUUUUCCUCUUGCUCAUUCUAGUUUUGUUUAGUAGGACGUUCAUGUGCACCACCUCUCCAAUCCUUCACUCUACGACAAUGGAACUCUUGCAGCAGAAACAUGAUGACUUUGGUAAGCAGCGUAUCUGGGGUGCCUUUGGUUGGGGAGCCUUCUCUCUCAUCUCUGGAAUCCUCAUAGACCACUACGCAAGAUAUUCACCCAAGAACCUAGCUUACUUUGAUCCUGCUUUCUAUCUUUUCCUGGCCUUCAUGCUCGCGUCUGUGGUCUUUGCCACCUUCAUCGUCUUCCCUUUACAGACAUCAGUCAAAGCACAGUGCCAGAGCAUUCCGAGACUAAUCCGCAAACCUGAGAUCCUUGGUUUCCUGGUCACCGUCUGUAUCCUGGGAAUGGGUUUUGGAGUCAUCGGGACAUUCCUGUUCCUGUACCUCCAGGAGCUUCAUGCAUCUCACACCCUGAUGGGACUCACUUUGACUAUCACCUGCAUUGCAGAAAUACCCUUCUUGUUUGUAUCAAACCGAGUUAUACGAUUUACCGGUCAUAUAGGAGCACUCUGCUUCUCGUUGUUCUGCUAUACCGUACGUUUCUUAGGCUACUCGCUGAUCACCAACCCUUGGGCAGUGAUACCCUUUGAGCUCCUGCAUGGAAUCACCUAUGGAUUGUCCUGGGCAGCUUGUACAUCCUACGCCAACCAGAAUGCACCUCCAGGUCUGGCCAUGACGUUACAAGCAGUCUUCACUAGUGUUCACAUGGGAUUUGGGAAGGGACUAGGAACGCUAUUAGGAGGAUUGGUAUAUGAUCGGUUUGGAAGUCGUAACUUAUUCCGUGCCUCAGCCUUUGUGGUGGGUCUAUCAGGAUUACUCUACCUAGGUCUGUAUCAUGUCUUCACUAAGCGAUACCCACCUGUAUUAUACAGCAGAUUCAGAACAGAUGAGAGGAGUAGUAGGAGAGCGAGCCACAGAGAGAGCAGUUCAGAAGGCAGAGUGAACCAAGCUAUUGAGAUGGAGACAGCUGAACUCGAGCAGCUAGACGAUCGCCCUCCUAAACUAGAUGCCAGCUCGAUGCGCCUUGCCCUCCGAGAUAUCAACCGCCCUGCAUCCCCUAUAGAUCCUGAUACACCCGGUACCAGCAGAGACUGUGGGGGGUACCAACACAUCAUGGAGAUGCGCCCUAAUUCCACCACACACCAGCGUCAGGCGGCAUCGAUACCGGCUCCAUCGCGUACCACCCGGGAGAUGAUGGUGCGUAUGCCUUGUGGGUAUUUUCAUCAGAAGAGGAGAAUGGACUCGUUGGAGGAUGAUGAUUGUAUGGAUCGGUCGCCGGGGACGACCAGCCUAGCUGCUUUGAUACAUAGUGAGCAGGGGAGGCAGGGCUUGUAUGGAAUCGAGAUGGAGAGGAUGAUGUUACAGAAUCUUGGUGUUAAUAUGAUGUCAUAUCUGGAUGAUGUAGACUUGGACCAAGCAAUGGAUGCUGUAUGAUGAUUACAUUCAGGAGUGGAGAACAUUGUGGCUGACCAGUUCAAAGUGAAUAAAACAGAAAUGUUGCUUUUUCAUUUGAAAUCAUUAUUUGUUUCACCUAGCUGAUCUCAUCAAUUUUGCAUAGAUUUUCAGAUAUUUGCACUCUGUUGAAUUUGAUGUAAAUAAGUAUCAAACAUGGAUGAAUUGAAAUACAAUUUUUCAUAGUAUGAUGAUUAUACUCUCUCAACAUACAAGUAAUUAUUGUUUUAAAGAAAUAUUACUUUCAAGCCAUUUAAGCGCCUUUAUAUCAUUAAAGGCUAAGUCCACUCCAACAAUAAUUUGCUUCAAAUAGAUGCAAAAAACAAGAGAAAUAGAGCAAAACAAAUUAGUUAAAUCGAGUAACUAAUAAGGAAGUUAUGAAUUUUCUAAAAAGUAUGAAAAACUAUG